CACAUCAAAUGUAAGAGAGUGAACGCAGCCGUUUUUGUUUCAUCUUCACCGGCGACGACAACUACACAAUCAUCUUCACCGGCGACGACAACGGCACAAUCAUCUUCACCGCUCACAACGAUUCAGAAGCUCUUGACAAAGGAGAGACAUCACACUUAAUUUCAUUCUAUUUUUCUUUGGUUUGAUCAGUACAGUUAAACAAUGAAGUUUGAUAGAACAGAUGCUCUGUCAAUUUUGUCACAAAUUAAGCGUCAGGAUAAACAGAUUAAACUUAAGAGUAGAUGGUUACUCGGCAUUCCUCCCACAAGAUAUGAGAGGAAGAAGUUGAAAAAAUAUUUCAAAAAUAGGUAUUUAUCUGAGUCCUUGAUCAGAGAAGACGAUAUGUUUUAUGAGUCAGUAAAAACUCAUCUCGAAGAUGCCGAUGGAGAACACUGCUUUGAACAAGAGAACGAUAUUCCUAAGGGGGAUAUGGAUUUGAUUCAAACAAUGAACAUGAAAAGGUUGAUAUCACCGUUGCUUGAUAAUUUGACUACCAAGGGUCUCUAUCUUCUCGCUAUGCUAGUUACUGGUGGUUCGUUUAAGUCUGAAAUAACACGUUGCAAAAUGAAAAGGGUUAUCAAGGAUUCUCUUUCGAGUGUUCUGGGCAGCAAAAGCCGCCAUAACCAUCUGGAUACUUGUAAACAAAUCUUUUCACUUCUCAACAAUCCACAAAAUUUUCGAGACAGGUGUGAGCCUUUGGGUGCAUUGAGAUCCCUCUCUUAUCAUGCUGCGGCAGAAAAGGUAUUGCACAGGCUUCAAAACUUGCCAUCUCAGACCUUGAUUGCAAUGCGUAGAAAACUUAAAGGAGUGAAAGCACCAGUACCGCAGUUACAACCCCACAAGCAUGGAUGGGCAAGAGACCAUCUAAUCAAGCUAGUGAAGAAGAUCAGUAUGGAAAUGCUUUCAAAACUUGAUAGAGAAAGUGAGUUGCCAGAGCCAUUAGCCAAAGCUAUGGCAGUAGCAGACUUAUCACUAAAACUCACAACUGGUUCUCAUAACAUGUUUUCAAAAGAAUUUUAUCAAUUCUCACCUGAGGUGAAGUCCUUGCAAAGUGAUAUUAUUAAGGCUAUAUGGUCUGUUAAGAAAGUAACGACAGUGCCAGAGCUAAGCAAUUUACAGCUUCUCAUAGAACCAAAGGCUACAAUAUCAAACCGGUGCAUCCGGACAACUUUUGUAAAUUUUUUAACUGAAUUUCUUUUUGAGUGCAGUGAUAUGGAUAGUAUUCCGAAGUCUCUAUCACAGACCCUAGAUGUUAUUAACAGAGGUCCUAAUAAUGGUGGCUUUCACAAUGUAAUAUUCAAAAAGAAGUAUAUUGAGGAAGAAGUUGACUGCAUACUAAACAUUAGUGCUUUGACAAAACAAAUUGUUUUGGAUUUGUUGCCUGAUGAUAAAUUUGAUAAAGACUUUACUGAUGCUUACAUGGAGCAAUUAGAAGAAAGUGAUGACAGUGACAGCAAUGAGGAUGUUUGUAGUCAACUUCAGGAGGACAUACGAUUCGGAAAUGGAUCAUCAUUUGAUUCAAUCGAUACAUGCAAUGAAGCUGAAAGUAUUGGAGAUUUUGUGCCAUUUGAGUUCCUUUCUUGUACCAUCAAAAUUGAGGAAAAUGUUUCAUCUUCCCCACUUACAGUUAGUGGUAGGUUGAAUAGUGGUUCUGAACGACUUCAACCUAAUAAAUGUUGUAGUGUAAAUUUGGAAUCUGAAUUUCACAAUACUACACGUAACAUGGUAACUGACCAAUGCCAAGGAGAAAGCACAGAGCAUUUUGAUACAUUUAUGGCUGGCAAAAACAAUAAUUCAUCAUUUGUUUCACCUGACAGAGAGUUGGAUGAAAAGGUUGUAAAGAGAAAUCAUUUGUUUGAAUCUGUUACUAAAAUAGCUGCAACGGACACAACUAAUUUGUUUUCUGAGGAGAAAGAACCUGUGCCCACUAAGCACAGUGCAUGCAAAAACCAAUACCUUGCUAUCGCUUACAUGGAGCAAUUAGAAGAAAGUGAUGACAGUGACAGCGAUGAGGAUGGUGGUAGUCAACUUCAGGAGGACAUACGAUUCGGAAAUGGAUCAUUUGAUUCAAUCGAUACAUGCAAUGAAGCAGAAAGUAUUGGAGAUUUUGUGCCAUUUGAGUUCCUUUCUUCUACCAUCAAAAUUGAGGAGAAUGUUUCAUCUUCCCCACUUACAGUUAGUGAUAGGUUGAAUAGUGGUUCUGAACGACUUCAACCUAAUAAAUGUUGUAGUGUAAAUUUGGAAUCCGAAUUUCACAAUACUACACAUAACAUGUUAACUGACCAAUGCCAAGGAGAAAGCACAGAGCAUUUUAGUAAAUUUAUGGCUGGCAAAAACAAUAAUUCUUCAUUUGUUUCACCUGACAGAGAGUUGGAUGAAAAGGUUGUAAAGAGAAAUCAUUUGUUUGAAUCUGUUACUAAAAUAGCUGCAACGGACACAACUAAUUUGUAUUCUGAAGAGAAAGAACCUGUGCCCACUAAGCACAGUGCAUGCAAAAACCAAUACCUUGCUAUCCAAGAUGCUUGUGAUAAGACAAGUAUGCUUGCAUAUAGUCUUGUAGGUCGUAUGUUGCAUGAGUUUGUCAAAACUGAAGGCCUAGAUUUAAACAUGAGCAAGAGUUUGUACCUCAACCGUAAUAAUCUCAUUGAAGAUGUUGAAGAUAUAGAAGAGCAGUCAUCAUCUGGGAAACAUGCAAGAGAUUUUGUUCAAGUAAUUGAAGAGUUGAUUCCUUCCUUUCCAAAUAGUAGCAUGGAAAGACUGAAGAUUUUGAUGGGCUUACAAUAACGGAACUCAGGGUUUCAGGUUCAAACAUUUUCAAAUAGGUUUGACCCAGUUGUGAGCUUGCUUGGUGUGAGCUUUGCCCUUCCCUCCAAGGAAUUUUCUUGUCACAAAUGGAUUCUCUGCCGUAACAAAAAGAGCUCGCCACAGAGGAAUCUUAUAAUUUUAAGCCUCCAUCAAUUCUUGCUACAACGGAUGGAUAGCCUCGUCAUCGAGUUUAUUGCAUCGCUGUAGUUGUUGAGAAGAAUGGAAGCACCUUGGUGUAAGUGUUGUAUGCUUUAUUUGAGUACUUUUUGGUGCGAAAAUUCAACGAGCUGGGACGUGCUGGAAUGUUUUAGUGUGCGGCAUUUAAAGAUAACAUUACUUGCAAUAUGUCAUUGUGAAACAGCCCUUAUAUAGUAUUCAGUUUAAUAAAAUGACACUAAGGAAUUUAUUGGUAGAAGAAUGAUAGCCUGUAAUUUGAAUGUAAAUUUC